AUGAGAUUUACAAAACUUUUCAUAAUUGCAUCCGCAAUUUACAUCCUUGAUGCAUCGUUAAGCACCAAAUUCGCACUUAAAUUUCAAACUGUUGAUCUUAACUUAGCAAAAAGCAUUUGUAAAAUCACAAAUGAUGUCAUAAGUAAAUCAACAGACACUCAAGACAUCCUCUUUUUAAAUUCAAAAGCAAUAAAAGAGUCAACGACAGUCAAUAAGGUUUUGACAUGCAUUUAUGAUGAAACGGCCGUUGUAGUUACGGAAUUCAGGAAGAAAACUUUAAUAAAAGGUUUGAGGAAAGCAGCAGUCAUAAUUAUGGCUUUUGAUAGCAUAGAUGGGAUCUCAAUUGCAAAAUUCAUCGUUGAACAACGAAACUCGACAGUUUUUCAUCACAUGGCCAAAGUCAUCUUCAUUGCACCUAAUUCAUCGACUCAAAUCCAAAGACUACAAGCUCUUGAAUACUUUUUAGGACUUGGAUUUUUAAAUGUUGCAAUUGCACACGAAGCUUCAUCCGUUGAUGUUUAUUAUGAAAUUGUACAAUCUCUUUCUAGGCACGUUAGAACGCUGGUUAACCCAUUAGCUGUUUUUCCAGACAAACUUAGAAAUGCGGAAGGUUUUCGUUACAAGUUACCAAUCUAUUAUCAACCAGGAGUUUUGACUAUUAAUAAAAACAACAAAAUUUCAUCUCCGAUGCUUUAUUUCUUGCAAGCUAUUAAAGAUGUACAAAAUGCUGAAUUUGACAUUACAUUUCUUCUUAAUGUGUCUCAUUUUGACAAAUUUUGGAAAAACUGA